UUUCAGAUUCAAAACACAAAUGGAGAUCGACCCGAAUUGGAACUACAAUUCACAUAACCACGUGGAUUCAUGGACUCCAACUCAGCAAAAUGCACUUCAGAAACAACAGGAUUAUCCAGAUUUUCCAGCCGAUUCAGAUCUUGACUAUAUUCAAAGAAAGUACUCACAAAAUGAUAAUUACCAGAAGCCAGUUUACGAACUUCAAGUAUAUAAUCCGAUGAAUCAUGGGCAAUUGGAUAUUCCAGAAGGUCCAUUGGAACCAUGGAUUGGAGAGGAGGAGGUACUGGAGAUGGGGAACAACUAUUGUAACAAUAAUGGAUAUGCCAUUCCACAAGUUGAAGCCAAGAACACAGUUGAAUGGCUCAAAAUGGAGCCAAUUCCUGCUGUUCCGUCACCAGUGGCAAUGGAAUUAGAAUCACCGAUUGCAUCUAUUGAUGCACAAUUGGAUGACUAUCGCAGAAAAGAGAAGGCAAAGGGGUACUCUUCAAAGUGCUUGAAAAAUAAGAAACUCGAAUUGGAGCACAAUAAGGAGAGAUUUGAAAAUUUGACAUCGGAGAAGACUGAUAUAGUUUCUAAAAACCUAGAAACAGAAAAAUUGCUUCAUUUCGCUUGUGAUAGAGUUUUGAUUCCAUUCUUGGGUGAUAACAACUCCAACAAUUCCAAUAUUGGAACUGAAGAUGUCAUAAGCUUCUUGCACAAUUUGGAGGUUGAGAAAAAUAAAAUCUGGCAGAAAAGUUUGUUGGAACGGCAAAAGGAUGAUACAUUGGUGGUUGCUGAAAAAUUGCAAAACAUUAAAAAACGAGAAUUGGAUGUUGCUACCUACAAUAAGGAUAAUAAAAAGGAGAUGGCGGAACGAGAAAAAGUAAGUCAAGUAACCUUCGCUACUCGACACAACAGGGUGAAGAUGGAUUUUGAAACUAUUCAUUAUAAUUAUGAAGCAAAGGUUUUGGAAUAUGACAUCAGAAUAGAAGCUGAGAAGAAUAUGCUUUUCGGCUACUAUUGGAGCUUAUUUGUUCCUCACGCCAGAGAAAUUCCUGGGGAGUUCUGGGAGAAGGCCUACAAUUCUAUACAAAACCCUGACCAGAUGAUACAAUUUCAGGAGCUCCGCAAUAUUAUUUUCAAUCCGGGAUAAUUUUUGGAUAACGUUUUUCUGAAUUGUGGCGUGUGUGCACAGAUUUCAAAAAAAAAAUUUAGGCUUACUCUAUGAAAUCUGUGCAAACAUUUUAAUUUAUUCAUUAUUUUUUGUAUUUAUAUUGCAUUUUUAAUAAAAUUUAUAGUUU